GCCGGAAGUUGCUCCCAGCGAGCGUUCGAGGUGAGAUGCAGGCGUGGGCGCGGGGCCCCGACGCGGGAGGGAGCGGUGGGGGCGCGCGAGGUGCCUUCAUUCGCGGCCUCUUGAGUCACUUUGCACGAUGUCGUCGCUUUCCUUGGAAAAACUCGUGACUUUCAAGUCCUGCCAGACACAGCUUGGUCUUGAGGGGACCGCUGAGGCCCGGAGCGGGCUGGACCCCGUGGGGCCCGCCCCUGCCUGGUCCCUGGGGCUGUUCCCUGCCGCGUCCGCCUCGGUAGGCGGGGCGGCCGGUCUGCGGGCGUUCGCUGGCGCCACGCUUUGUUUGCAGCACUUCAAACCGUUCAGCCCCUUCAGGCAAAGCAGUGACGGGGGCGCUGCUGAUGACGCAAUGGCGCCGAAAGAUGAGGGCGUUCGCCCAAGUUCCGCAGCCGGUCUGCGACUGCCUCUGUUCUCUGGAGAUGACGCGACGCCCUUCCAGUGGAGUGCUUCACUGGUGUCCGUUCUGAAAUAAACCGCCCACGUUUGGUCGCCGGACAGAACUGCGGUCAACCCCACUGCCACGUCUGCAGAGCGGGAGCCUGCUGGUUCGUCUGUGACCCUGACGCGUUCACUCUGGCCAUUGGCCCAAGAGAGCAUCACCUCCUCCCCCGUCUCUGUCCGUGGAGUGUGUGGUCACCGCAGCCCGCUUGCUGGUGGCCCUGCUGGGCGCACUGUGCUCAGGCCAUUCUCCAUGUUCCUGUAGCCCCGUGCCCCAGGACUCUGGGGACGCACUGCGUGAUGCCGCCGCCCCCGCCCUCGGAGCAGGGCCUGGAUGCGCUGCUGGCCCGCAAGGAGGAGGAGUGGCGGGCGCUACAGUCCCACCGCUCCCAGCUGCAGGAGGCGGCUCUGCGGGAGGCGCGGGCCCGGCUGCGGCGCCUGCAGGAGGACUUCGUCUACAACCUGCAGGUGCUGGAGGAGCGGGACCGCGAGCUGGAGCGCUACGACGCCGCCUUCGCCCAGGCCCGCGGGCUGGAGGAAGCGCGGCAGGCCGAGGCGAGUGAGCUGAGGGUCGAGGCGGCCAAGCUGAGGCAGGCGCUCGCCCACGAGGCCCAGCGGCUGGAGGACCUGCAGCAGCGGUACCAGCAGAAGCUGCAGGAGCACCGCCUGGAGCUGGAGCGGGUCCGCAGUGACCAGAGCUGUGAGAUUGACCGGCAGCGGGAACAGUAUGAAAAGCUGACGUGGAAGCUGGAGAGGAAGCUCGAGGAGCUCGACGGCGAACUCGCUCUGCAGAGGCAGGAGCUGCUGCUGGAGUUUGAGUCCGAGCUGCAGAAGAGGGAGCGGGAGCUGCGGCUGCAGGCUGACAGCACGAGCAACGUGGUCCUGGCGCACGAGCUCAAGGUGAAGCUGCUGAGCAAGGAGCUGGCGGCCACGAGGGAGGCGGCAGCACAGGCUGCAGAGUCACUGUGCAGCGCGGAGACCACCACCGCGGAGCUGCGGGAGAGGCUGCAGCACGGGGCCCGCGAGCUCGAUGACCUUGCUGCCGUGAAGGACGCCCGGAUAAAGGACCUGGAGGGCCAGCUUCACUUCGUGCAGCUCACACGGAAGAAGGAGGAGGAGACGUUCAGGAGGAAGCACGAGGAACUUGACCGUCUGGCCAGAGAAAGAGACGCAGCGCUGGCCGCUGUGAAGGACGCCCACGCGGAGCAGCUGCGGGCGCUGGAGGCCAGGGUCCGGGGGCUGCAGGCCCACUGCGAGGCCCUGGAGCUGCAGCUCCGCAAGGCCGAGUGGAGGCGGGCCGACGCCACGCAGGAGCGGGACGCCGCUAUGGACAAACUCCGGGAAGAGGCUUCAGCUCUGAGGUCUGGCUGGGACGCCCAGGUCGCUCAGCUGUCCAAGGAGGCCACCGCCAAAGACCUGCGGAUCCAGUCACUGCAGGAGGAAGAGGCGAAACUCAAGGCGCAGCUGGCCAGAUGCCAGCAGGAUGUCAUAAGGUAUCAGCGGCAGCUGUCCCUGGCAGUGGAGAGGGAGCAGAGCCUGGAGCGCGAGAAGGUACAGCUGGGCCUGGACUGGCAGCACCGCUGUGACAGCGUCGAGAGGGACCGCUACCAGAAGUCAGAGGAGCUGGUUCGGGGCCUGACCAUGGCCAAGGAGCAGGCCGGUGCCAAGCUCCAGGAGACGGAGCGGAAGCUGCGUGACCAGGAGGCAGUGCUGAAGGCCGUGACCCUGGAGAGAGACCGGGCCGUGCAGGCGCUGAGGACGCAGGGGCCCCUCCCCGAGACGGAUGCACAGCUGCUCCUGGGGUAUCAUGAAGGAGAAAUGAGUAAAAGUUUUCCGUCUAGUGAGAUCCAGCGGCUGCAAGACCAGAACACAAGCUUGCGAAAUGUAGUCGCACAGAUGAGGACAGAGAUGGAGGCGCUGAGUGACCACGUUCAUCCUUCUGCCCACGCAGGAGGAGAGACCACAAGCCCGCGCCAGCCUGAGGCACAGGUGGCUGCAGAUGCCGCCACUCCUGAUUACGUUCUGGCCCUGGACGCAGAAAUACGAGCCCUGAAGCACAAAUUUCAGACGCUGGAAGAACAGCUGGGAGACAUGUUGGAGCCCCCGCCUGCCGACGCCCAGCCCCCCGCCCGGGCCGCCUCGGACGCCGCGGGAGGCGCUGUGCUGGCCGAUGGCGCAUCCACAGGCUUCGCGCUCAGGAGGCUGGGGGACAGGGCACGUCUCCUGAACUUCCUGGUGGCCCGGCUCAGGCAGAAGUUCUGUCCCGACCCGCAGGACCUAGUUAUUGCGCGGAACCCGAGGAGGACCUUACCUGAAAGAAAACAUGGGCGGGAGAAAAGAAUGGAGGUGCUGCAGGGGCCCCUGGACAUGGACACCGUCCGGCGCGAGCUGCCCCAUGAGCUGGACCAGGUGCACCUGGAGGUGUUGGAGCUGCGAAAGCAGGUGGCUGAGCUUGAGAAGCACCUCGCGUCUGCCGGGAAGGAAGGUGGGGCCCCUCCGAGCCAGCAGCAGCCGUGGGCGCCGGACGCCGUGGCCUUCGGGAGAGAGGGCCCAGCGGACGGAGGAGCGGCGGGGACGGCGGGGACCAAGGGCCAGGAGGUACAGCGGCUUCAGAGGAGGCUAAAGGCGGCCGCCCGCAGCAUCGUGCGCCUGCGCCUGGAGAAGGAGCAGCUGCAGGAGCUGGGGAACCGGCUCCGCGCGGAGCGGGGCCGCGCAGGGACCCUGAGGUGCCCCCACGCCGGCCCCGAGGCCCAGAGCCCAGGUGGGGGGCCCCAGGCACCUGUCGAUCUCGGCCUGCCUCUGCAGCAGCUGCAGCUGCACGCCAUGACCCAGAGGCGACCCAAAAUCUCCACGGCGACCGACAGAUCAACUCCUCAGAAAGAAAACCAGUCCCCAAAGCCACGCCAGGCUCCAGAGCGCCACCAGGACAGUGAUCAUCACACCCAAAAGUCCUCGUCCCUUGCCAGCAGUUCCCUCCAGGACACGUGGAAGUUACUGGACCUGGGAUCCAGCCCUUCUGGCCUCACUUCCCAGGAUGACUCGACUGCAGUAGGGCUCAAAGUGCCUCCAGCAGCCUGUGGCCUCCCACGCCCUGAUAGGAGCUCCAUCCAGAAGCCAGUGGCCUUUGCCAUUGAAGGAACGAAGAUGGACGUGCAGGCCAAGGCCAAGGCCAAGGCCAAGCCCGCCAGGCCCUCCAGGGUUCACCCUGCAAAACCCAGAGGCAGCCGGCAGCCCCCCAAGGUCCGGAACUACAGCUGCAAGGAGUGACUUCCUUGGCUCUUCCCGCUCGGCUCCUACCCCUCCCCCCCCAGCUUGGGGCCCGUGCAAAGGCGUGUGUGAGUGUGUAUACAUAUGCGCAUGUGCACGCACAGGUGGGGGCCGUCCAGGCUGAGCAUAGAGCCCAUUAAAGCCGAGCCUCCACCUGCCAGCCUCCCAGUUGUUUCCUCGCCCUGCUUGGGAGGUGGCAUCAGGGCAGCUGCGCUGUGGGAGAGCCGGGGCCUGCACCUGCUGCCCUGCCGUGCCACUGCCCACAGCCACCUGCAUGCCGCCCACGCUCAGAAAGCAGAACGGCCACACGCAAAGCAGGCACACCCCAGACAGUGCCGCGUGUCAGGGGACCCUCCAGAAGUCCUGAGAGACGGAGAGCUGGGCGACACCCAUGGCCAGGCCAGAGGCCGCCUCCCCAGACUCGGCCCAUGCUCCCCCAGUGCUCCGUCGUGCCUGCCAGGGUGCCUGUGUCACGGCGCUGCUGUGGCGGAGGCGGCCCCAGACCUGGCCCCUGCAAGGGUGAGAAAUACACGUAAACUGGCUCCGUUCACUCCAGGUGCCACGAAACUGCACUCACUCCCCUAGGAAACACAUCCCAAGCAUCGCCACUGCCUGUCCUGACCCCUGUGGACCCUGUGCCUAGUCAGUAGACGCCAUCUCACCUGUCUUGGGAGGGGCAGCUUUGGGGGGUGCCCGUGACCCCCCCACACACACUUCUCCAGAGCCCUUAGGCCUUUCCUCCCCUGGCGUUGGCACCUGGUUGGCACCUGCCUGCAGCAGUGCUGUCCCCACCCCAGGUGGAGCGCUAACUCAGACUGCCUGGGCUGGCACUGAGCCUUUCCCUGUGUGCUGGGCAGCUGUUCUGAGCGGGGGAGACAGCUUCUCCAGGACGGAGGACACCCACCCUCCCCUGCUGUGUGACCUGGGCACACCACGUGGCCUUUGUGUUCACUUUGCCUCCGUGUAAAGUGUAGACGGUGUCGUCGUCCCGCCUGGCUCACAGGUGUGGGGCACACAGUGGGACCGGCCCUUGGGAGCUGCCUGCUGCAGGUCCCGCGCUGUGUGGUAGCUCCUGCCCUGCCGUGUGUGUGUCUGUACUGGUGAACACACACGGGUAUGGGGACAGCCUCCCCACGGGCUGGAACUGCUCGUCCUGGACUCGCAGGCUUCCGAGAGCGAAACAAUAGCAGUCACUCUGGAUGUGCCAGGAAGCAACAAGCUGGGGGUCGCCGCGCUCCGCUGUUUCCGGCAUCGCCCCUUCAACUGAGGCACGCUCAUGUGACUUCCUUUAGCUGAGUGGAGAGUCACUUUCUGUAGACACACGUCAGAGCCCAAGAGCGAGUGCCUCACGCGCCCUCUGGGGUGCAAGUCUUGGGUCUCGAGCCCAGCCCGCCCAGCCGCUCCUGCCCUCCUUCCGCUGUACGGGCUCAGGAGCUCCAGGGAGCGGCGGGGCAGGGAGUUGUAAGUUCGGUAACCGUUUGAGCAGAAUUACGAGGGCGCGCCAGCGAGUCGAGACGCAGAGCUGAGCCUCCGCCGGUGCACGUGAGCGCGCGUGGGUGCGAGUGGCCACGUGCGCGCGCAAGUGCCUCUGCCCAGGAAGGCUCCUUUGUUCGAAUCACACCAAGCGGUGCCGGGGCAGAGCCCGCUCGCCAGAUGGCCGCGCGUCCCCUCCCCGCGGCCGGCUCCAAGGAGCCGUAGGUGCGCCCGCUCGGCCCCGGCCAGGCCCCGGAGGCAUCCGCCCGGGUCUCUGCGCCGACCCCAAGACAUGAAACGACCGGACAGCGAGGACCAGGCCCGCUCUGCGAUGACCGGCAGUAACCCCCGCGCGGGGCGCGCUGGGCCAGGUCAACGACCGCGCUCGCCCACGGCGGCCGGCUCAGGGCCAGGCCAGCCCAUCACCCUAUCACCUAGCAACGCCCACUCGCACGCCGCCAUUGGGCCGGCGCGUACGCCCCCGGCCCCCAAUUGGCCAUAGAGGCGGAACGAGCCACGCCCCCGGCCGGCUCCUCUCAACCCAGACGCGGGGUCGAGCGUCGGCCCGCCCAGAAGUCUGUCUGGCCUGCAGUGUAGCCCCAGUGUGACCCCCCCAGAGUGACCCAAACACUCCCCGUCCCGUUUCCCCCGCACGCCGCGCACACGUGGCCCCCGCGGCCGCGGAGGCCUGGGGCGGGAGCGC